CGCUGGUGGAAAAUGCAUUGCGGCCAUGCUGAAAGAAAAUUGUUAUAUAAGUGAACUGAAUCUUUCGUCGAAUAAGCUUGGUUCUCAAGGAGCACGUGCAGUUGGUGACAUGUUGGAACACAACACAACUUUACAGAGAAUUAACUUAUCAGCAAACGAAUUCAAAGACAAGGACGCAGAACCAUUUACACAAGCCCUUAAAGUAGGUAUAACUACAAUACACAACUCACUAUAUGCCAGUUUUCAGACGGUCACAUUUCUCUGAAACACCCCUGCAUUUUACCAACAUUUGAAAAUGCCAAAUCAAUCAAUCAACAAAAUUAUAGACUGGAUAACCAUACUUAGCUGAUUUAAAGCAAGUUUCUACUAGUAAGUGCUCAUGUGAUUCGCACAUGAUGGCACUCUUCACUGGAGUCUACAUUUGUCGUUCACGUCAUUCAAAAAUAACAACUUCAACAUUCGUUCAAUCAUCCAUAUUUUACGAUAAUAACUUUCAUAUUGGUCGAUUUUUUAAAAACCUACGAAGGUGGUAAUAUAUUCGUUCAGUUCAGCACUUGAUCAAAACUCUC